UGGAGUCAGACGCGCUACCAUUGCGCCACGGAUCCGCUUUGCUUAAGGCUAUUAUUAUUUUUGGUUUGGCUCUACGAAUUUACAUUUGAAUCCGAAGCGAAGUUGCUCACUCCAGCAAAACCCUAUCCUCCCCCAUAGCUUCUUCAUUUGCUGUGGUAUGGCGCCUCUGUGCAUUUUCUCGUCUCCACCAUUCUAAUCCAUCAUUUAUCUUCUCUCAGUAUGUUUUCCUGUACCUGUAAUGGCAUCCAAUUGGGCUCUACAGUUACAUUCUCUUUCUUUCCAGCCACACGCAUGGGUUCGAAAGCCUUCUGCUCUGCCCGGCAUAUCUCAACGUGAAAUUGGUAAUGAAUGCGCUGCCAUUAGGUAUGGUCAUUUGAACUGCAACUGGAAUCGGCAUCGAAUUGGUCGUAAGUUUCAAAUAAAAUCGGCUGAGGGUUCCGGGAGCACUGAUUCCGGCCGAGAUGUCGAAGAUGAUGAAAUCGUGGUCAAGAGUGGGAGUGGUGGUGUGGCUUCCAAAGAUUACAUCGGGAAAAUGCAGGAGAUGAUUAUUUCGUCACCUCCCGGCGUUUUCUUGAUGAACAAAUGUACUGGAAACGGUCUUGCAAUUGGGUUUUGCAUUGUAACUGCUUGUUUAGCAAUACUUGCAAGAGUGUAUUUGAUGGGGAAGUCCAGGAACAGUCAUUCCGGAUCAGUGGCUGAUCUAGUCAGGCGUGGUCAGCUAAGAUCCGACAGAAGAGGCAUUUCCAAACCUUUAAAAUACAAUGACCCCUUUAAUAAUCCACUGGUGAAGGUUGACAAAAGCAAUUCGUCCGUAGAAAUGUGUGGAAAGGUUUAUCGGUUGGCCCCAGUUACUCUUACCAAGGAGGAACAAAGUAUUCAUCAGAAACGGAGGUCUCGGGCAUAUCAGUGGAAGAGACCAACCAUGUUUCUUAAGGAAGGAGAUUCAAUUCCUCCUGAUGUUGACCCCGACACAAUCAGGUGGAUUCCUGCAAACCAUCCUUUUGCAACAACGGCUAGUGAUAUUGAUGAAGACUUGGCCCAGAACAAUGUCUAUCAAAAGCAUGGUGUUCCUUUCCGUAUUCAAGCCGAGCAUGAGGCUUUGCAGAGAAAGCUUGAAGCACUCCAGAGUGAACAGAAACUGAAUAGUUUAUUUAUAGAUCCUGGAAGUGUGAAGGAUUUUGAGAGGCCUUUUAAGUCAAAAUCCAAGUCAGAUGAACAAGGAGAACAAAGUUUUUCAGAUAACCAACCUGGAGAGUCAAAGCCUCCAAACUCAGGACAUCUCCCUAGUUCUUUCAGGGGCCAAUCAUCGUCUGAUGAAGCACAGAAAUCCUGAGGUAAGGUUUGCUGUAUAAAUAGGGUUAGCUUGCAGUUCUGCUGUUAAUAAGCAUCACGAAGUUAGUUAUGAGGGGCCUACUGUAUAGUAUCAAUGCCUGCAGGCUUAUUUCCUUAGGUAUUUCUAUUGUUGGAGACAAACUCUUUAAAAAUGCACCUUAUUCAAUUGGGGGAAUAUAAUAGCUUCUUGGUAAUGAUAUUGGUUAGUUGGAUUCUGCCCUCUGCCAUGUCGCAUUCAUCAAUAGAUAUCUGAAGAUUGACUUGAUCAGCUAACAUUCUCGUGACCCAGAGAUUAUGGCAUUCCCGAAGGUUUGAACUCCUACUCCCAUCCCUUAUUUUGAAAAGGGAUUUUUUCAAGAUUAGUGUGUAUGUGAACGUGAUACGGAACUUUUAAUUUGUAGAAUUAUUUGAGCCUGUUUAUUCAAGGAUAGGAUGGGCUCGUCGGUUCAAUGGUGGUACCAAAACUAUAACUUUUGUGUUAUGUUGAUUUCAAGUAAAAUUCUUGGACAAUGUAUGCAGAUAUUUAGUACUUUUUUCAAUUAUUGUACAUCGAAUAUAGAUGUAGCCCGCAUCGUCCCUACAGAUGAUGGCUUAAACAGCUGGGCUCGACUAUAUAUUUCUCUUUUUUUAAACA